CUCGAUGGGCCCGGCCCUUCCCCCGCCAUUUUGCGCCAGGCGCGUACCCGCCCGGCCUCCCUGAACGCGGGGGCGGGGGCGGGGGCUUGGGCAAGGCCGGGGCGGGAGCGGGAGCCGGGCGCGGCGGUCUCGCUUGCAGGCCCGGUCCCUGCCCGGCCGGGGAGCAGCCAUGGAGCCCGGCGGCGGGCGGAAGGAGAAGCCCAAAGCCAAGGAGCCCAGCAGCCGCCUGGAGAAGGCCAAGCAGAAAUCAGCGCAGCAGGAGCUGAAGCAGAGACAGAGAGCGGAGAUCUAUGCCCUGAACAGAGUGAUGACGGAGCUUGAACAGCAGCAGUUCGAUGCCUUCUGCAAGCAGAUGCAGGCUUCUGGAGAAUGAGACCCUCUAUCUGCCAUCCCAGGAUUGCCAGGACCAUUUUAGACCAGGAAACAACAUGGAUGAGUGGUCGUCAUAGCUCAAUGUUCCCAGGCAUCUUUCUGCUGACCAUGGGCAAUAAUAAAAGGAUCAUACAGAACUGCACACUCACAGAUAUAGAGGAGGUAGGAUCACUUGUACAGCAUGAACCUUGCUCCAUCUGCCCUUCAUUGUAACUGCCUCUUACCCAUUGUCUGGAGUCUUCCCACAGCAGUGCAGAAUCCUCUGGUUCAUCUUUAAGAUGGCAUAUUUUUCAUUUUUUUUAACACUGUCCUCCUUAAAGGCAUUUAUUACUUUGGUUUGACAAACAUUUUUUGUAAAUA